UGAACAUCUGUAAAAAGCAGUUCCCGUAUACUUUUUAGGACCCAACAUUUUCCCACUUUAGCCAGACAAUCACUUUUGAAAGCAAAUUAGAGAAAGAUCUAGUAAGCACUACAGGUAUUUUACAACAUAAGAACAUGAAUCAAUCCUCAGGAAAUAACAGAAGCUGCCACCCUCUCCCCAUUCUGCACCCAGUUUUAAGAGUCUCAUCUAAAGGCUGAAAGGUGCUGUGGGAAUCUCACUGGUCAGAACUCAGUGAUCUAUUAUUCAACGAUAUUUACUGAGCACCUAAAAUAUGCCAGGCUUUAGCCUCUAAAGAAAGGUACAAUGGUGAGCAAAAUGGAUACAGUCCUUACACUCAUGGAGCUUACAUGACACUCAAAAACACAAGAAUAAAUGUAAAAUUUCAACUGUUAUAAGAGCUGCAGAGAAGAGCAAAUAUAGGAAAGCCUAUAAUAGGGGCUUUGAUCCAACGGGAUGAAUAGAAGGCUUCCCCAGGUAAGUGAUGACUGAAUGGAGAGCUGAAGAACAGGCAGGAACUAACCAGGUGAGUGGCGAUGGGGAAUAGAUGGAAAGAACACUCAGUGUGUAAGAAACAGCAAUGUGCAGUUUCUGUAUUGUAAGGAAGCAGGGAGAAUUCAAGGAAUGAAGGAAGGUUAGUGUGGCUAGAACCCAAAGAAGGAGAGGGAAAGGGACAGGCCAUGCUGGGCCUUGCUGGCCAUGUUAAGGAUUUUGAUCUUUAUACUAGAAGUAGUGUGAAGUCAUUAAAGGCUUUCAGUAGGGAUGUUCACGUGUAUCUGUGUGUGACACAGAGAUUCUAGUUUUGAAAAGAUCACUCUGGCUGUGGUAUAAACUCUGACUUGAGUCAUAACUGGAAAUGUGGGAACAAUUUAGCAGACUAUUGUCUGGAGAGGGGUGAUGGUAACACAGAUCAGGGAGAUGGCAGAGAUGAUGCAGAGAGGAUGGAUUCCAGAGAUGGAUGAAGAAGGUAAAGUUACAGGAUUUGGAAAGGAAUCAGAUCCAUGGUCAAGGAAAGGGAGCUGUUGCCUGCCUUGUGCUACAUGAUUGAGAGUGGUGCUAGUCAUUGCCAUGCAGAACAUUUGGUCAUCAAAUGUUCUGAGUGUUUUCUGAAUGCUUCGCCAGGCACCAUGCUGGAGAUACUGGUGAAUGACUGGGUUUCCAGGAAAUGAUUGUGUGGAAUAUAAGAUGCAUGUAAGACAUCCAUGUAGAGAUUUCUCUUCCUGGGAGCCCCACAAGACUUCACUAGAAUGAGGAUCUCCCGAUGACAGGGUGCAGCCCUGUGUUGGCCAUGCGGCACGUCGUGGGUGUGUCUCCCGUACUGGUGCGGAGAGGCCUCCUUGGAAGGGACCUCUUUAUGACCAGGACUCUCUGCAGCCCAGGCCCCAGCCAGCCCAGAGAGAAAAGACCUGAGGAGGUGGCCCUCGGGCUGUACCACCGCCUCACAGCGCUGGGAGGAGCCCUGGGGCACAGCAUUCAGCAACGGGCGUCCUCCAUGGCCAAGACUUGGUGGGACAGAUAUGAAGAGUUUGUUGGACUCAGUGAGGUUCGAGAGGCCCAGGGAAACGUGACUGAGGCAGAGAAAGUGUUCAUGGUGGCUCGAGGGCUUGUCCGGGAGGCUCGGGAGGACUUGGAAGGUCAGCAGGCCAAGCUGAAGGAGGUGAGGGACCGCUUGGACCGCAUCUCCAGAGACGAUAACCAGUACCUGGAACUGGCUACUCUGGAGCACAGGAUGUUGCAGGAGGAGAAGAGGCUUCGUAUGACCUAUCUGCGUGCCGAAGACUCCGAGCGAGAGAAGUUCUCCCUCUUCUCUGCAGCUGUGCGGGAAAGUCAUGAGAAGGAGCGCACUCGGGCUGAGAGGACCAAGAACUGGUCCCUCAUUGGGUCAGUCCUGGGGGCCUUGAUUGGUGUGGCUGGCUCCACCUACGUGAACCGUGUGCGGCUACAGGAGCUGAAGGUCUUGCUUCUGGAGGCUCAGAAGGGGCCUGUGAGCCUCCAGGAAGCCAUCCGAGAACAGGCGUCCAGCUACUCCCUCCAGCAGAGGGACCUCCAUGACCUCAUGGCAGACCUGAGGGGCCUGGUGCAAGCUGGGCCUGGGCAGAGCUCUUUGUCCCAGGCAGGUACUUCCCCCACCCGAGACAGAGACACAGAGGUCCUUUCAGCUGCCUUGAGAGAGCAGCUCAGCCAUUCCAGGCAGGUCCAUUCAUGUCUAGAGGGUUUACGAGAGCAGCUUGAUGGCCUGGAAGAGACUUUGGGCCAAGUGGCUGGGGUGCUUCAGCUUGCAAAGGCUGCAGCGCACCCAGGCCUGGUGGAGCCGGCAGAUGGGGCCCUGUCUGGGUCCUUGCUGGAACAGGGGAGCAUGAUCUUGGGGCUGUCAGACAUGGAGCAGAGGCUAGAAGCCCAGGUCAACAGGAACACCAUCUAUGGCACACUGGUCACCUGCGUGACAUUUGUGGCCAUCCUGCCUGUGCUGUAUAUGCUGUUCAGGGCCAGCUAGCCCCUGGACCCACCUCCAGAGGGAGGAGGUAUGGAUGUGGAUUUAGUUAGAGAAUGAAGCAAUGAAGUGAGCCUUCAGGGGUGCACUCAACCUCAGCCUGAGUCUGUGUGGCUCACCAGCAGACAUACUUUGCUUUUUAGGCAACACUCAUUUACAUUAACUAUCGAAAAUUUGUGCUAACGUCCAAUUAAAGUGUCUUUAAGUUUGUCUUAUUUAAA